ACUAAAAGCCCAAAGUGGAUAAAGUGUAGUGUAGUGUAGUGUAGUGUUGAGCAAUGAAUGAGCAUCAGUUAUUAACAAAGAAACCAUGUAAUGUAACCACUAAUUCCAUUCCAUGGAGGAACUCUGACUCUGGAAAGGCAUCGGUCUCUCUUCUCUCCUCCACCACCACUCCCACUCCACCGCCAUCACCAACCGCCGCCGCCGCCUUUGUGUGCCUUGCGCCGCCUGCGGAUGCUCCAGCCACCGUGUUGAGCUUGAGUUCGCGAUCGGGCUCUGACUUCCAUUACAUUGAAAGCUCAGAUCGAAUUAUUAGCUCACACCCACUAUUCAAAAGUCAAUCCAAUGGUGGAAGUGGAAGUCCCUCUUUCGUGUCUUCAAUUCCUUCAUUUUGCAAGAAAAGGGCUUCACAGAAUGAUGAUAAUUCCGGGGAUUGCCGGCACAAGCGCAUGAUCAAGAACAGAGAGUCAGCUGCCCGUUCCAGAUCUCGAAAACAGGCUUACACAAAUGGGUUGGAGAAUGAAGUUGAUCGUUUAAUGGAAGAAAAUGCUGAGCUCAGAAGACAGCUAGAAAAGCUCUGUUGCGCUGCUCCUGAUCAGCAUCCGAGAAAGAAGAGUCUCCAAAGAAAUUUAACAGCCCCAUUUUAAAUCAGAAUGUUUGGUCUUUAAUUAUCUAUCGUUCUAUCUUCUCUUUUCCUUCCAUUUGAGUAGUUUACCAUAUUUGGUUUUAAUUUUUUUAUUAUAAGUAUUUUAUAGAUAUAUGAUAUAAAUAUACCUUUUGUUAUAUAUACUCCAUAUGAUAUAGGUCUCCAUCGAGAGUUUGUUUGUAUAGAGAAAAACGAAGAAAGAAUGGAGGUCAAGAAAGCAACUGGCAUGACAUUACAUGACAUGACAAUGGUAAUUUUGAAAUGGGGUUUGUUUAUGUAUUAUUAUCUCAAAUAAUAAUAUAUAUAAAAAAAGAAAAACCUUUGUGACUGAUUUAUAGUUGUGAAUAAAUGUAACGAGUCGGUGAUUUCGAUGAUCA